GGGGGCGGGGCGUAGUGACGUAUGCGGAAGGGCACGUCAUUCCCGCCUGUGUGUGCAGAGCAGCAGAGGCUGCAAGAGAGGAGGCAGAGGAAGGUGCUUGGAAGGCAGGUGUGCAUGUGAGCAGAAAGGGCAAUGUCAUGGAUAAGAGAAGGAGAACUGUCCCUCUUGGAGAAAUUCUGUGCCAGUGUCUUAAAGGCAGGGCCAAUGCCAAAACACAUUGCGUUCAUCAUGGAUGGCAACCGCCGCUAUGCCCAGAAGCAUAAAGUGAAGAAACUGGAAGGACAUUCACAGGGAUUUGCAAAACUUGCACAGACACUGCAGUGGUGCCUGAGUCUGGGUAUUCGGGAAGUCACAGUUUAUGCCUUUAGUAUUGAGAAUUUCAAGAGAUCCCAAGAAGAAGUAGAUGGCCUGAUGCAACUGGCAAGACAAAAGUUUGCUCGUCUUCUAGAAGAACAGGAGAACUUGGAGAAACAUGGAGUGUGCGUUCGAAUCCUUGGGGAUCUGCCCCUCCUGCCGCAAGAUAUUCAGGAACUAAUUGCCAAGGUUGUGCUGGCCACAAAACACUACAACACGUGUUUCUUGAACAUUGCCUUUGCAUAUACAUCGAGACAAGAAAUCAGCAAUGCAGUGAAAGAGCUGGCUUGGGGUGUUGAGGAAGGGCUGCUUCAACCCAGUGAUGUGUCAGAAUCAUUAAUAGAUAAAUGCCUUUAUAGCUCCAAAUCUCCGCACCCUGACAUACUGAUCAGAACCUCCGGAGAGGUCCGGCUUAGUGAUUUCAUGCUCUGGCAGACAUCUCAUUCUUGCCUAGUGUUCCAACCUGUGUUGUGGCCAGACUACUCCUUCUGGAAUUUAUGGGAAGCUAUCCUUCGGUUCCAGAUGAAUUAUAAUACUUUACAGAAAGCCAGGGAUUUAUACGUGGAAGAAAGGAAGUGGCAGCAGAUGGAAAAUGACAAGGCCUGCAUCUUGGAGAAGCUGAAAGAGGAAGGAUCUGCAUCCUGUGCAGAUGCUCAGAGACGGCGGACACUCCUGCAAGAAUUAAGGGCUAAACGGGAAGAGCGGGUCCAAGGAUUUCUGGAGGCCCUGGAGAACAAAAGAAUGGACUUCCUUGAAAAACUGACUAUGGUAUCAGCAUGACAAGAAGAGUUCCUAGGGUCUGAAAUAGGUGCAUAAAGGUGAUGGGGAGGAAAAACAUGAGCCGAGUUACAUAGUCCAGCUGCAACACAGAGGGGUUCAUUUAAAUGAUGGAAACAUAGGUUUGUGUGUAUGUGCUCUUUAUAGACAUAUACAAGACUUUACCUGAGAUUGGGUGAAACUAUGGUCCUCAAGAUGUUACUGGACUACAACUCCUGUCAUCCUUGAGCACUGGCCAUACUGGUUGGGGCUGAUGAGAGUUGCAGUACAAUGACUUGGGGCCAGAGGUUGCUCACUCCUCAUUUAGCUCCUUGAGGCUUCCGAUUAUUAUCAGUGCAAGGUUGGGAAUAUAGUGUCUGAAAUAGAUUUGUUUUCUCACUCAGAUAUGGUUUAAAGAUAGCAAAACAAAAUAUAUUUUGUUGUGGAUUCGGUUACUAAAGGUGCACCAUUGUUGGUACAUAUAUGGGAAGAUUUGUUUAUGCAAUAGGGAUUUUAUUCUGUUUUCCCAAAUGCCAGCACUUCUGUGCUGCAAAUCAAAAGGCAACAGAGUCCAAAAUGUCCAUUCUAGUGUUUAAGUCUUUAUCUGUCUAGUCAAAAGGUGUAAUAUCCUUCACACUAGCUUUUGAAGCUCAUGGGAUUCUUUAUUAGCCAAGGAAACCAGUGAGCCUUGAAAACUAGCAUGAUGAAUUUUGCACCUUCUGUUUGAGCUGAUAAAGAUAUCAACAUGAUGUGUAUUUUGGACCCCCCCCCCCCCCCGACUAACACAACUACUGCUAAGAAAGUUUCAGUAUCUUAUAAAAGUUGUGUGCAAUGAGCUACCAAAAUAUUGUCGUGGGUAAAGUUUAUAAGAUAACCUUGUUUCCGCACAAAUAAAUAUGUGCCUAGAAUGAGGUCGCGGUUGUUUCAGUUUCCAGAUGCGAGACUGUUGUCUUGUAAUUUUUCAUCCCUCCUUCUCCAUACGAACUGACAGAAACACCCCAGUCUGGAGGAGAAGGGUACCCGUGAAACUCAACAAAAGUAUCAUUUCAUGCUUUUGAAGAGUAUUCCUCUUAUUUACCUCGAAAGAUUUGGGCAUAUGGCCUGGGCUCAAUACAUAGUUUUCAAAGAGAACCUAAUGCAGCAUUCUCUGUUGUUGUUUGAAAGGUGGUUGUUCUAAUUUUGGAUAUCAUUACAAACUGUUCCCCUUUUUUAGAAGAAAGAAAAUUCAGUAUAGAUUCAACUGUGAAGAUUAAAUCAUCAGGCUAUGAAUAAAGUGCUUUUGUGACAGACAUCUUUUUAAAAAAACAAACUAAUGAUUAUUAAAAGUUACUACAGUCGGCCCUCCUUAUCCAAGGAU